AUGAGGGACACCUCCACUUCAGCAACAAAGAUCACACAUCCGAAAGGCACAGGCCGCAAAGCUCUCACUAUGGACAGAGAAUCAGUCUAUGCCUUGAGUAUCGGCCUCAGCAGGGGCACCCAAGCCGACGAGCCUGAUAGCCGUAUCAACAUAGAGCAACGGCUCGUCGACUUCAUUCUCGAAUUCCAGAUCGACAACGCUUUCAUAUACCGAGACCAGAUCCGUGAGAAUGUGCUCGUCAAACAGUACUACUGCGACGUGGACGUCGCCCACCUGAUAUCGUAUGACGAGGAACUUGCGCAUAAGCUCAACACGGAACCAGCAGAGAUGAUUCCUAUUUUCGAGUCAGCACUUAAGAAAUGCACGCAACGCAUCGUCUACCCUUCUCAAAAAGAUGUUCGGUUGCCUCAGCACCAACUUUUGCUACACUCGACCGCGUCGCAGAUCUCAAUCCGUGAUCUGACUGCAGACAAUGUUUCGCAUCUCGUGCGAAUACCGGGCAUUGUUAUUGGGGCAUCGACUCUGUCAUUCAAGGCGACAACACUCGCCGUUGAGUGUCGGAACUGCCACUACACUGCCCAUAUCCCGGUCAACGGUGGCUUAGCCGGUCUGAGUUUACCGCGUACAUGCGGUCGCGAAAGAGGGCCCGAAGACAAGUCGGAGCGAUGCCCCCUUGAUCCGUAUUUUGUUGUCCACGAGAAGUGCCAGUUCAUUGACCAACAAGUACUGAAGCUUCAAGAAGCACCAGAUCAAGUCCCUGUUGGCGAACUUCCGCGGCACAUUGUCAUCACAGCUGAUAGAUACCUUACGAACCGCGUUGUGCCUGGAUCGAGAUGCACAGUUAUGGGUGUCUUUUCUAUCUAUCAAUCCAAGGGCGCAAAAGGAAAUACGGCCGUGGCCAUACGAAAUCCCUAUCUGCGAGCUGUAGGUAUACACGCCGACGUGGAUCAUACAAUGAAGGGCAAUGUAAUAUUCUCCGAAGAGGAGGAACAGGAAUUUCUUGAAAUGAGCAGGCGCCCGGAUCUGUACGAGACUUUCGCCAACUGCGUCGCGCCUUCCAUCUACGGCAACCUAGACAUCAAGAAGGCGAUUGCAUGCUUGCUGAUGGGUGGCUCAAAGAAAGUUUUACCAGACGGAAUGAAGCUUAGAGGUGACAUCAAUGUGCUGCUUCUCGGUGACCCUGGCACUGCAAAAUCGCAGCUGCUAAAGUUUGUGGAAAAAGUAGCACCAAUUGCUGUGUACACUUCUGGAAAAGGCUCUUCUGCAGCAGGUCUUACGGCCUCAGUACAGCGCGAUGCAUCAACACGCGAGUUCUACCUCGAAGGUGGUGCCAUGGUUCUGGCUGAUGGCGGCGUGGUGUGUAUCGACGAAUUCGACAAGAUGAGAGAUGAGGACCGCGUCGCAAUUCACGAGGCUAUGGAGCAACAGACGAUCUCGAUUGCGAAGGCUGGUAUCACUACUAUUCUAAACUCGAGAACAUCCGUUCUCGCCGCGGCCAACCCAAUCUUCGGUCGAUAUGACGAUUUGAAAACUCCAGGCGAGAACAUUGACUUCCAGACGACCAUCCUCUCGCGUUUUGAUAUGAUCUUCAUUGUUCGAGAUGAUCAUGAUCGAGGACGGGACGAGCGAAUAGCCAAACACGUGAUGGGCCUCGCAAUGGGCGGUAGGGGCGUUGAGGAACAGGUCCAGGCCGAGAUUUCGGUCGAGAAGAUGAAGCGUUACAUCAGCUAUUGCAGACAAAAAUGUGCACCUCGAUUGUCACCCGAAGCUGCCGAGAAACUCUCGUCACAUUUUGUCUCCAUUCGAAGGCAGGUCCAUGCAGCAGAGAUGACUGCCAACCAGCGGAGCUCAAUUCCGAUCACCGUUCGCCAGCUCGAGGCCAUUGUUCGUAUUACAGAGGCUCUUGCCAAACUCACACUCUCACCAGUUGCAACCGAGGAACAUGUUGAUGAGGCCAUUCGACUUUUCCUCGCAAGUACCAUGGACGCCGUGACACAAGGCGAGGGUCAAGGCAGUAAAGAGCUCAUGGACGAGGUUAGCAAAGUUGAGGACGAGCUGAGGCGAAGAUUAGCCAUCGGCUGGAGUACAAGUCUGGCAACGUUGAAGCGCGAGUUUGUGGAUAGUAGAGGUUACUCUGAGCAAGCACUUAAUAGGGCACUGAUUGUGCUGCAAAGGAGAGAGACAAUCCAGCUGAGACAUGGUGGUGCUCAGGUGUACAGAUCUGGUGCAUGAUGACGACAGAGAUGCAAGGCUAAGACACCUACCAGGCGCAUGGCGUUACUUGACUAGGGGGGAACAAAGAGCACAUUGGGAAGCGGGCCAUUGCGAUGGCAUAGAUGACUUGUACGAGCUUAUAAUAAUAAAAAUCCUAGCAGAUAUGCAAAG